GACUUUUUAUAUAUUUUUGGGGUGUUACUGAAGAUAUGACUUUCUCUCUAAUAUUGUAAAUAAAAUUGGAGUAUAACUUAAAUCCUAAAGCUCUUCAUUUGUUUUGUUGGUGUUCUAAAAAUCACAGAGAGAACUUUUGAGAAUUUUUUAGUCAGCUGCCGUGGCGGGAAAAGGUCCCAGCUCCUCACACCUGUUGCACCAAGCAGGUAGAAGUUCGCUGGAAAGGGGGCGGGUCCUCCUCAGAGGGGCGGAUCCCGGCCGGGGAUCCAGCCAAUCAGCGCCGGGGAUCGUCUGUCACCGUGCCAGCUGACAUUCGGGUCAGAGACCGAGCAGCUUCUGCGGGGACUCCUGUCAGUCCGCGAGGGGAAAACUUUUGACGAGCGGCUCGUGUCGACAGCGGCGGCGGCGGCUCGGCGUUCACUCCCAAACCGGCGAGAGGUGUCCUGUGAGCGGGGAGAGAGGCUGUACGAUCCUCGGCAGUGUUCUGAGACUGUACGGCCCCCGACGCCCCUUCCUCCUCCAGCCCGGGGGUCCAUGGACUUAUGAGCGCCUCGUAGGAGGACUUCUUCACACCUGCGCACUUUCAACUUAAAGCGGCACUUUUAUUCUCAAAAUAUACUGACUUUUAAAUAAACUUGAGUGGAGUUACUGCUCUGAGUAAAACAUGACGGCAGACAAGGAGAAGAAGAGAAGCAGCUCGGAGCGCCGGAAGGAAAAGUCCCGGGAUGCGGCGCGCUGCCGGCGCAGCAAGGAGACGGAGGUUUUCUACGAGCUGGCCCACCAGCUGCCUCUACCGCACAGCGUCAGCUCCCACCUGGACAAGGCCUCCAUCAUGAGGCUGGCCAUCAGCGUCCUGCGCACACGGAAGCUGCUCGCCACACGCGGCGGCAGUGACAGCGACGGCGACGCCCACAUGGACAGUCUGUACCUGAAGUCUCUGGAGGGCUUCGUCACCGUGGUGACGACGGACGGUGACAUGAUCUUCUUGUCGGAGAACAUCAACAAAUUCAUGGGCCUCACGCAGGUGGAGCUCACCGGUCACAGCAUCUUUGACUUCACCCACCCAUGUGACCACGACGAGAUCAAAGAAAACCUCAGCCUGAAGACGACAGGAAGUGUCUUUGGUAAAAAAGGCAAAGAGCUGAACACGGAACGCGACUUCUUCAUGCGGAUGAAAUGCACGGUAACCAACAGAGGACGCACCGUCAACCUCAAGUCGGCCAGCUGGAAGGUGCUCCACUGCACCGGUCACCUGAAGAUGUACGACGGCUGCGCCUCUCGAGUGCUCUGUGGCUACAAAGAGCCGCCGCUCACCUGCGCCGUCCUGAUGUGCGAACCGAUCCCGCACCCGUCCAACAUCGACACGCCGCUGGACAGCAGGACCUUCCUGAGCCGACACAGCAUGGACAUGAAGUUCACCUACUGCGACGACAAGGUGACUGAGUUGAUCGGUUACGCUCCUGAGGACCUGCUGGGUCGCUCGGUCUACGACUUUUACCACGCCCUGGACUCGGACAGCGUCACCAAGAGCCACCACAACUUGUGUACCAAGGGUCAGGCAGUCAGCGGUCAGUACCGCAUGCUGGCGAAGAACGGAGGCUACGUGUGGGUGGAGACCCAAGGAACCGUCAUUUACAACAGCCGGAACUCUCAGCCACAGUGCAUCGUCUGCAUCAACUACGUCCUCAGUGACAUCGAGGAUAGGGCUGUGAUACUCUCUCUGGAGCAGACGGAGUCUGUGUUCCAGCCGCAACACAUGAGCAGCUUCUUCAGCGCCGGAGGAGCGGGCAUGAAUGGAGAGCCAGGAGACUCCCUGUUCACCACCCUAAAGGAGGAGCCAGACGACCUUGCACAGCUGGCUCCAACGCCUGGAGACACCAUCAUCUCUCUUGAUUUUGGUCAAUCUCAGUUUGAGGAGCCUCAAUCAUCUUUCACACCAGCAUCUGCUUCCGGCAUGCCCCCGCUGGGAGCUUCGUCUUGGCCGAGCGAGAGCCACAAGCCUGGUCCCAAUGCAGUUCCAGGAGAGAUGGCUACCAUGGGCGGCGCAUUCACCGUGCAGCAGAACAAGCCACCGGGCAGUGCCACCCCGAGCCUGAGCAGCUGCUCCACGCCCAGCAGCCCGGGUGAUUACUACAGCUCAGUGGACAGCGACCUGAAGCUGGAGCUGACCGAGAAGCUCUUCGCUCUGGACACCGAGGGAAACAACUCUGCAAACACAGAGAGAGACUUGAGUGAUUUGGAUCUGGAGACCUUGGCUCCUUACAUCCCCAUGGACGGGGAGGACUUCCAGCUGAAUCCAAUCAUUCCUGAGCCCGAACCUCUGGACAGCCCUGGAGGAGCAGGAUCCAUGGCCAACGGCAGCAAGCUCAACAUCCAGCAGAGCUUCAGUGACGUCGCAAGCCUCUUCCAGCCGCUGACCUCCCCCCCUCAGCAGCAAGGUUGCUAUCGGCCCGAGCCACAGUCGUCCUGGGCCACCAGGGAGAGGAGAGGCUCCGGUCAGGGGGCUGUGGACGCCAGGGAGAGGUCAUACAUGAUGGGCCGCAUGCAGACUCCACCGUACCAGGCCCCGGCCAGCGGCCCUCUGUCUUCCAUGCAGUGGCCCCCUGAUCCAAUAAUAACUUACCAACAAUCGACAAGGACACCUAAGGCCUGUCUGAUGGAUAAUUUACCAGAAGAACGGCCUUCCUGCCAGCAAAAUGCAUCAUAUCUCAUGCAGAAACCGAGGUCAAUUGACAAUUUUGUCCAAGCAUACAAAGACAUGAGUCCUAAAGCAAGCAUGGGCAGCAGUAUCAAGCGGUCCUUCAACCAGAUGACUGUGGGGGAAAUGAAGCCAGCAGAAAUGAUAUGGAAGAAGAUGAGGGAUGACAGCUGCAUGGAUCGUUCCCUCAGUGCGGGAUCACUGACAGAGUCUGCGAUGGGGACGGCGAUGCCAGGCAGCAUGUCUCCGUUUAUAUGCUCCGUGCAACAACACAGGAAGUCUCAGUACACAGGGAGUGGAGCAAACGGAAAAAGCUUUGCCCAAAAGAGCUGCAGUUACUCGCAGUACAACAUGCAGUCUUCAAGCAAGUCAGAGGGCAUAGCAAGCCGCUUGCUGGGACCUUCAUUCGAGCCCUCCUUCCUGCCGGAGUUGACUCGUUACGACUGCGAGGUCAACGUCCCGCUGCAGGGGAACCUGCACCUCCUCCAGGGCUGUGACCUCCUGCGAGCCCUGGAUCAGGCCACCUAGAGCCCCAGACCCCAACCCCGUCAUAGACCUGGACUUGCUCUCAGCCCUGAGUCUCAAAAUGCAGCCAGUGACGAAAGUCGUUCAAUACCUACGUACCUUUGGGCCCUCCGAGAGCCCUGUAUGCCUAGCUACCUGUAGACCGUGGUAUUCAUGACCAGAUCCUGCCUUACGUAUCCCUUCUGUAGUCCCCUCGAGAAACGAUCUGCAUAACAAUCAGGGUUCAAGCUAUCUACACUAUUUUAUCUCAGAACUUGACGAGAGUAGAGGAGCUGUCCGACAUUACCGCAUCCCAUAUACACCAUAUGCAGAAUACAUGGGUCACUAGGUGGAAAAAUAAAGGUCAGUGCUGGAUUUGUGACGGAUUUCAUUACACUACUGUCACACGUUGAGGAGUCCUGACACUGAUGUCAGGGAUUUCGUGAAUAUCUGUUCUGGAAUAGAUGCUGAGAUGAACGGGGUGCUCACCUGCUGCACCUCAACCUGAUUCCUGUUGAGGGCCAAAGCAUUCAGCUCAAAAAAGAAAAACUCAACAGUUUCCACACUAACAGAAAUACUGUGUAUGGUUCACUAGUGAGCGCAGUCUUGUUUCGUAGUUCCAGGCAGAGCCUUAAGCCAGAGCUGGGUAUCAUGAUUGGUUCUGAAAGGAAGCCAUAAGGAAAAUAAAAUAGAUAAACAAAAAACAUAUUUUGAUUCCCAAAGAGGACGAAUAUGGUGCAAUAUGGAGGACUGGAGCACUUUAAGAGUGGCUAAAUGUGACAACUGGGCCAAUAGAAAUUAUUACUUGAACUAAACUUCUUAUUUUUCCUUCUUCAACUAAUAUAGUUUUUAAUUUGAAUCAUUAGACACUAGAAAUGGAAUUAAAUUGUAGCUGAGAUUUAUGUUUUCACCCAACACUGCAGCUUCACGGGAGCACAAAUAUGUUACAUUUAUAUCUUAAACCCUUAUGCUAUAAUGUAGAAGAUUUAUUACUUCACUGUAUUUAACUAUUCUUAGGAUUUAUAGUAAAAAUCUUGUCUCAAAUUUGGUUUUAUUUUGAAAGAAUCGGUGAUACCCAGCCUGCAGCUCGAGCCUCUUCCACACACAAACACAUCAGUUUCCUUGAAUCUCUUCACUUCACAUUUUAUUGGUUCUGUUACUGAAAUGAAAAGUUUUAAAUUGCCCCAAAUUAGGUGAACACCUGCGAUUCUCAGCCAAUCAGAUUCUUUAAGUGGCAUGUCUGUCUGGCAGACAUGAUUGUAAAGUAUAAUCUGCAAUAUAUGUUCGUAUAUGAAUAGUAGUUUUGGAGGGGAUUUCUUUUCACUUUUUUUACAUGUUUGUUAGAUUAUGUUGUUGUGAUUACAGGGUAUUUACAUAUUUAGUUUUUUUUUUUUUUUUAGCUAGCAUCCAUUCACCAAACUAAAGCUUUUACAAGAGAAUGUGACACUGUUAUAGAGUUCUUAUGUUGGAUGGGCCUACGCAUGGUUCACACUGAACGCGGAAGCGCCGCGGAACGGAGGCCGCUUCCAUUCAGCGCCCUUCUUAACCUAGGUUGUGGUUCACACCGGCGCUAGCACCGCGGUGCUCCACGGAAAGCUUGCGCCGUGCAGUGGAUCGUUUUGGCGUCUAGUCUAUUUUGUGCGCGAGCGAUCUGCAUCAAUUCUAGCAGGAAGUUACAUCAAGAUACAAGAUACAUUUUUCACAAUAAAAGCGAUAAAGAGAUAAAAAUAAACAUACAACCACAACACAUACACUUCUCUCUGUGUGUGUCAACAACAGAUGAAUUAAAGAAGUGCAGGUCUACUAACUACUUGCUUCUUAGCACAAGCACGAGGUAAUAUUUUUAGGUUAUUGACUUAUCUUGAUGACAAAAAACAUUUUUAAAAAAAGCUCUAGCAUAAGCAACUGUUGCGGAAAAAUGCACGUUUGGUGUGAAUUGCAGGAGAGUGCCGCGCGCACUCUCCUCCAUGGGGCUUCCACGGAGCUUCCGCAGGGGUUCUGCGGGGCUUCCACGGAGAUUCUGCAGGGGUUCUGUGGGGCUUCCAGGGGGCUUCUGCAGGGCUUCCGCUGAGCUGUCAUGGGGUUACCGCCAAGCUUCUGCGGCGUGUCUGUGGAGCUAUUACGGCGCCUCCGUGCCCAGUGUGAACCUAGAGGUUUGCACACACUUUUCAUUGCAACUGAAGAGAAUAAUUAGGAGGGGUGCACACAAGGGAGAGAUGAUGGGGAACCUGCACGCAUGGAUGCUAACCUGUUGUACCUCUGCAGAGUUUAUUUUUUCAAACUGCUUCUUUUUCAGUCAUAGUUUCAGUAGAUGACUUAUCUUUAUCUUUGGUUCAAAGAUACAAGAUUUUUUUUUUCAAAAUUGACCCUUUUCUAGCAAUUAAAGUCAAUAAAUGGAGCUACCUUAGGGGUCUGCAACCUGUAAUACACACUGACUAAAACCCACGAGAGCCACCAAAUCCCACUUUUAUUUUUGUGUUUGUUGCUAUUAAAUAAUUUCUUUAUAAGAUUGUUGCUUUUAAAUAUUGACAGUUACAUUUUAUUCUGUAAACAAAAUCUUAUUUGCUUUUGGCCUAAAAGUUCCUUUCAAAAUAAGGUACUUAAAUUAAAACAGUCAAACAUGGCAUUUUCUUUCAACUAAUUUCAUAUUAAUUCAAGUUGUUUCCCUUAAAGCCAAAGAGCUUCAAUGUAGGGAUAUAAAAGUGGCUCCAGAGCCUCAGGUUGCAGACCCCGGAGCUACCUGAACCGCUCCUCCAAAAGACCGCUCAGAAAACAGCAGUACAGUUACAUUUAGAAUUUAUCCUCACUGCAGCCUUUUUUUAUUUUAUAUCUCACAGAACAUGGCCAGUUUUUGCAUCAAUGGCUGCCGAUACCGGAGGACUUCGGUACAGAUUCUCACCAUAGCGGUUGAGAAUUUGGCAAGAAUUACAGCAAGAAUUUUUUAUUUUUUUUUUUAAGCUAAAUUUGCCUUUAAGCAGUGACCACUUUCAGUAUGAGCUACAGAGUUUGUACACAUACACAUGAUGUAUUUAAAAGAGUUAAUGUUGUAUUGUAUGUGUUUGUGUCCUGGUACUUUGUCCUGGCCCCGCCCCCUCUCCUCUAUAGAUGCUGUUUGAUCAGAGAAAAUGACUGUGGCUUUUUAUUUUUUUCUUUUCGUCGUAAAAUAUCUACUGAAUCUGUUGGCUGGCCAGUACUGUUGUUGUUCUUGCUUUAAAAAUAACACAAAACAAGAGAAAAAGUUUAGACUUAAAAAAAACAUCAACUUUACAAGUUUAAUUUUCUGAUAUGUAGCAUUUUGAAUAUUUUUGGGCAGGUGAAGUUGCCACAUAAUCGUUUCCAAGUUUGCGUAUCUGAAUAUAAAGGCGAUGGUGCUUUCUUUGUAGACCAUGCAUGUGUUGUUUCUAAAACUUUUAUUACACGUCUCGGAUCCACUAACACUGAAUUUUUAAUGUUUUGUUUCCUUUGAAUCCAUAAAAAUGUGCCUUAUCACGACUUCACAAACCGAACAGAUGGAGUUCACCCUUCAAGUGCACAGUGUGUUUCUCGCCACCUUUAGAUGAUAUCUUUUAUUUUUUAAUCUCAUAGUACCGUGUGUUCAAACUUUCCCCCUCUUUAAGUCCAAAUCCUUUGUGGUUUUUAGCUUUAAUUUUUAUAGGAAGAGACACUUUGUUAUUUGAAGAUUCAGAAGCUUUUGCACAAUUCAGAUGAAAACCUGUUGGGUUUUGACCUUCUUCAUUUUUGCUCCUUUGAGAGUUCAAGCAGACUCCAACCUGGUGAAGAUGACUAGUCUCACUCGCUGUAAAGUUUAAGGACAUGGAUUUUGCAGCUCAUCAUCACCUGACUGAUGUGGGCUUUUAGGAUUGGCAGGAAACGGUUUGAAUGAACAGUAAAAAAAUAAAAAUAAAAAGGGGAGGCUCUUUUAUUUUGAAGUUUGCCUUUAAAGAUUGAACGUGAGGAUAUUUGGAUGUGAAUCGCUGUGAAGUUAUAAAGUAAAAAACCUCAUGGUCAAAGUUUAUUUAAAAACUUUAAGGGACAAGGUGGUCUCUUAAAGGAUGUUUUUACAACAAAAUAAGAAUGUUUGGUUUAUCAAGAAAUGAAAGUAUGUAUUAUAGUUAUGUUUUGCACUGAGUAGUGCUGGGCAAUAUGACGAUACACGUCGUUUGGGCGUGCCAUUUCUCUUCUAUCGUUUCUAUAGUUUCUAACCUAAUUUGAUCAAUUAUUACGCCAAAUUUAUCAUUAAACAUCCCGAGACAAUUGCGUCGGUGUUGCCUUAUCAGUGUGUUCACAAAAAAAGAUAUGUUAGUGAAAAUUAAGACAAAUUAAGAGAUUAUUCGAAAACAACUUUCUUACUCAACGCAACCCAAUGUUUUUCCUCAAUUGUGACCAUUCAGUUAUCUGUAACCUAAAAAACCAGAAAAAUAAGCUAUGACAUUUUUUUCAGAGAAUAACUAAAAAUAUAUCUUAUUGUCAUAGAUCCUGAUAUAUAUCGUUAUUGUGAUAAAAAAAUAUAUAUAUAUAUCAAGUUUUCCAUAUCGCCCAGCAGUAGAACUGAGGUUCCAAAAUAUAUAAUAGUAAAGCAAAAGACCACAAACUUUAAGACAAUUUGGGAUUACUAAAUAACUCCACUGAUCAGUCAGAAAUCUUUAACUUUAGAUUUAACAUGUUUUUUUUUCCUUAAAUUUUUUAAAAUUCUUUACACUUUUAUGGUACAGUUUAAACAAAAGAUUUAAAGCCAAGUUGUACUAGAUUACAGCUAAUAAAUAGUUCCUAUUAUUAGAUUGAAACUGUUGACUGAUGCAUAUUUCUCCUCACUAUAUUUAACCAAAAUCUAUUUAUUUCCCUAAAAAGACUGGAUUUUAUUCUUUUUAAUGUUAGAAAAUCCUUUUUAAACACAAAAAACAGAAAGUUAUUAGUAUUUUAAGAUUCAUGCUUAGUAUAUCUUAGAUUUUUUUUUUAGAAUUAAAAUGAUCAGAAAAGCACCUUAUCACAUUUUUUUUUCUAAAAGUUGCAAUUAAAAGACUUAAAAGUGCAAUAUUGUCCAACUACUAAGAUGAAAUAUCUUGGAAACCAAAGAUGGACCAGAACCAAGCAGGAAACAAGCACAGCGAUGGAAGAUUGUUUUUGCAACUCAAGAAUUGAGCUGCAGUCGUGUAUGUGAAAUAAGUUGGCUGAAUGGAAGUCGAUUUAAAAAAAAAAAAAGAAAAAACAAAUCCAGACCAGAGAAGUCUUGCAGGAUUUGUCCGAUUCUGCUGCUACGGCCAGAUAAAUGUACUGUUCGUUAACGUAAAUGCACACCAAACUGUUGCUGUCCCAGCUAGAAACACUAAUAAUGGUAGUGUUCCCUCAUGUUACAGAAGCUAAAAGUAGGCGGGGCUUAAAUGCUCAACAUACUGUGCUGCUUGAAGGGUUUUCCCAAAAAGCUAAAUCAUUAAAGGAAAUGCAGCCUUUGCACUUCCUUUGUCAAAAGCAUCAAGCCUUUUUUUUUGUUUUUAUCUCACAGAAUGACAGUUUUUAUUAUUCCUUAUGGGAUCCGUGUUCAACUACUUGUAUUCUGUUGUUUUGUCAUACAUUACAGUUAUACUAGCUCAUUCAGAUUUUUUAUAAUAUGCUAAAAUUCAUAUUGAUUCUAUUAUAAUAUAUUGUUAUCAUUGUUAUUACUAUAUGGGAACUUUAACCCAAUAAGAAGUUUGUGUUUCUGCACUGAUAUCUUAUUAAAGCAUACUGAUCUUACUCUCA